AUGGCAGCCGAAAACUCCCCAGACGCACCGGCUACGGCCAAAAAGUUCGUGCCAUUAGAGAACAACCCCGAAGUUAUGUCAUCGCUCGUGCACAAGCUCGGACUCUCCCAGAACCUUACCUUCCACGAUGUUUUCAGCAUCGACGAGCCGGAGCUGCUCGCCUUUGUGCCGCGCCCCGCGCACGCCCUGCUCCUCAUCUUCCCCGUCUCCGAGACAUACGAGAAGUUCCGCGUGCAGGAGGACCAGGAGAAACAGCAGUACGCGGGGAGUGGGCCGGACGAGGAGGUCAUCUGGUACAAGCAGACCAUCUCCAAUGCUUGCGGCCUCAUCGGGCUGCUCCACGGUGUCUCGAAUGGGGAGGCACGCGCGCACAUCGAACCUGACUCAAGUCUUGCGGAGUUGCUGCGUGACGUAGUUCCCUUGAAGCCGAAUGAGCGUGCGGACUGGUUGUAUGAUUCCGAGGCGCUGGAGUCGGCGCAUCAGGAUGCUGCGGCGGGUGGCGAUACGUCGGCGCCGGCUGCGGAGGACAAUGUUGAUUUGCACUUCGUCUGCUUUGUCAAGUCGAAGGAGAAUAACCUCUGGGAACUGGAUGGUCGCCGCAAGGGGCCAUUGAACCGCGGUCCACUCCCCGCAGAUGAGGAUGUGCUGGGCGAGAAGGCACUUGAACUCGGAGUGCGGAGCUUCCUCAAGCGUGAGGCAGAAGCUGGUGGUGGAGAUCUCCGAUUCAGUCUCAUCGUGUUGGCGCCUUCUUUGGAUUGA